GGCGGUGCAUAUGUGCACUCGCGGCGCUCGUGGGCCGCAACACCGCCGCCGUGGGGCUCGUCGUCAUGGCUUCCUGUACCUCCACGGUGGUCUCCGGCGAGCCAGGCCCCGUGCUCUGUUUUGCCAUGUUCGUUCUGCUCCUGCUUGGAGUCUCCCUCGUCAACAUCGGAGCUCGUGGUGAAUCAUCAGUCUCCGAUGCACUGAUGCGAUUAAGGACGUGGACGGUGCUUCUUCUCUAGUUUUACUAAAUAAAAAAAAAAUAAAAAAAAUUGUCUAUUCAGUUCAUAAAAUUACACUAAAAAGAACCACCGCAAGUACCUAUUUGGAGAGCCACCCAUCCUUAUGCUUGAUUCAUCCUGCCUUGUUCGUUUGAGCGAUGUGACAUGAAAAAAUUCGCCCCUCCGUUCUCCGUCAAGGCAACACCACAGAGGGCUACACCACUCACUACGGUGCCACGCCGUCGCCGAUGAGCAAUCCGGGAAGCAGGGCCAUGUCCAUCGGCUUCACCGUCAUGCUGCUUUCUGUCAGCGCGGGCAUAAUGAUCCACUCCGGCGCCGGCGGCUUCGGCUUGCUCCUCCUCUGCUUCACGGGGGUUCUCGCCGGUGCAAACCUGGUCGCCGUCGGUGUCAGCAUGACCGAUGUCCCUGCGGCGUUCGGCGGUGCACGUGCUCUCGGAGCGUUCGUGAUCCGCCGUAACACCGCCGCCGCCGUGGGGCUCGUCAUGGCUUCCUGUGCCGUCACGGUGGUCUCCGGCGAGACAGAGCCCGUGCUCUGCAUUGCCAUGUUCGCGCUGCUCUUGCUCGGGGUCUCCCUGAUCAACGUGGGAGCUCGUGGCGAAUAA